UUUCCUCACAGGCGACAAUAGUCCGCCAUGUCUGACGGAGCCUCCUCCUCCUCAGAGAGGCCUUCUUCCCGCCGCCAUGCCCGCUAUUUCUGCACCGCGGGACGCGGGAUGGAGGCCUUCCUCCUGAGGGAAGUGCGGUCCCGCCUAGGCGCCACGGAGAUAGAAUAUGUGUCAGGAAAAGUUUUCUUCACAACUGGAGCUGACUUGAUUAUGUUGAAGAAGCUGAAGUCUGCUGAGCGAUUAUUUCUGCUGCUGAAUAAAUACCCUCCACUUGCCAUCUCAAGAAAUAAAGAUUAUACUUUUAUUUCAGGAAAAGUGAUUUAUGAUAUUCAAAAUCUUGUAAAUGAGAAUCCCAGCUGUUGGCUGGAUAUUGUUACUUUUUGGAAAAGUCUUCAUGAUCAGGAGGCAAAACUAGAAGACAUGUCUCAAAAAUACCCAGAUUCUCAAAAACGGAAAAUGGAAGAUGAGAUAAAUAUCAAAAAUAAAAAACAGAAGGGAAGACUGGUACUAGAGACAGUUCCUGCUGAAAAUCAAAUGGAAAACCAGCAAAGAUGUGACUUAUCCGAGGCUCAUGAAGACAGUGUCUUGUCACAGGACCCAUCAUUUCUAGAAAAGACUCCUGAACUUCUCCAAGAAGAUUCUGUUGAAAGUAACAGUUGCAUCAGCUUCAGAGUAUCUUGCCGCUGUAGUGGAGUGCUUUCAAAAGCAUUUACAGCACAGGAGUUGGGGAGAAUAAUUGGAAUAACUCUUAUUAAAGGUUUGGGAUGGAAAGCAGAUUUGAGAAAUCCUGAUAUAGAGUUCUUUGUGCAUCUAAAUGAUAUUUACUGUAUCAUUGGGAUACCAGUUUUCAGAUGGCAUCUAUGCAUAUCUAUUAUUUGCAGACUUCCCUUGGCAAACAGAGCUUAUAUCAAAAAUCCUGGGUUGCGAUCUACCAUUGCUUGGGCUAUGGCAUCCCUUGCUGAAAUCAAGGCUGGUGCAUUUGUGUUGGAUCCUACCUGUGGUCUAGGAACAAUACUUUUGGAAGCUGCAAUGGAAUGGCCUAAUGUAAAUUACUUGGGGACUGACAUAAGUGAUUCACAGUUACAAGGAGCUUACUCAAAUAUUAAAGCAGCAAACCUGGUAGAUAAGAUUCAGUUACUGAAAGCUUCUGUGACAGCAUUGCCAUUGCCUUCAGAAAGCAUUGAUGUUGUUUUGGCGGACGUUCCCUUUGGAAAAAAAUUCAAAAUAACCAAAGAAAUGAAGUUGCUGCCGGAUGUUUUUCAGGAACUUGAAAGGGUGCUCUGUGCUGGAGGAAUUGUUGUGCUGUUACUAAGUCAAGAGCUGUAUAAGUGCCUCUCUUGUGGCAUUCCCAGUGAUCCUGAAUCUGUGAAUUGCAUCUCUGUAGAAGCUGCUAGUAACUGCACCCAAAAUGCCAUGGUGUCAAUCAAGUCAAAUGCCAAAGAAGAAAGUGUUAGCCAUAGGACAGUUUCUCCAUCAGCUCAACAUGAAAGGAAAGAACAUGUUGCCAAUAAAAGAACCACUCUUGGCUCUCUGGUGCUAGUAGAAUCCUUUGAAGUUAGUCUUGGUAAAACAGAUGCAUUUAUAUGCAAGUAUAAGAAGCCAGUUGCAAGCCCUACAAGAAGGUAGCAGAUCAGGCAAGAGGACAUUGAAUGAUUUGGAGCAUGCUCUUAAAAUGAUGUGGAGCCAGGGCAACUAGGCAUCUGAGCUCAGUAGUCAGCAGUACAGUAGCUUGCACAGUGCUAAUGGGCCUAGCAAGCUAGAAACAGUGAAACCACAGGGAAUUCCUGUCAGGGUGUUGACAAUACUGGGCUAAAGAAGCCAAUGGUCUAACUUGGUAUAAGGCACUAUUGUAUCCACAAUGUGCUACUAUGCUGACACAGGAGUUCAUAGGAUUGCAGUGCAAAAAUAUUCAGCCUUUUUGAGAGGAAGAAUUACUUCUGAGCCUGGCUGCCAGAAUUGUCAACUUUUCUUUUGGUUUGGCUUGGUUUGGAUUUAAAAGAUUGGCCUUUUUCCUGUAUCUUUCAUAACAUGCUGAGACAACCUCUAGUCAUGACUCCUGUAGUGCAAUAUGAGGCUUUCCUUUGCAGUCCAGAAUAUAGUUGCUAAUGGGAACAGGCUAGAGAAAAUAUCCAAUCACCUUUCAAUCAGCAUUCCUGUAUGCCAGUCCAUUUCUGAGCAAAGUUCAAAGUCAUGGUGCUUACAUUUUAUAGCUUAAGCAGCUUGAGACACCUAAUGCAAAGUUUGGUGUUUUCUCACAUGCACUUGUUUCUGUACUGCUCUCGCUAGAGAAGUUUGUUUAGUGUGUAAUGUGUGUGUAUACAGUUGGCCCACUGUGUCCAUGGAUUCAACCAUCCAUGGCUUGAAAAUAUGUUUAAAUAUAUAAAUUCCAAAAAAUAAAUUUUGAUUUUGCCAUUUUGAAUAAGGUGCACAUUUUAUUAGGUCAUAUUUAAUGGGAUUUGAUUCUCCAUAGGGGGUCCUGGAACCAAAUCCCAGUGUAUUUUGUUUGUAUGUUUUUAAACAUAGAAGGUUAAUUUGUAUUUCUAUGUAUAUACUUGUAUGUAUGUUUGGUUGUUUUAAUUUUAAAAAAUUAAGAAAUCUACCCUAGUAUUUUUAAAUUUUUGAGACAUGGUAUUUCACAAUGUAUCUAUCUCCCAGAGUUCAAAUCAAUGUAAAUAAAAAUUCCUUACAGAAAACAAAACAAUACAUACCUUUCCAAAUAUAAGUCACUGUUUGUCCCAGUAUCGUUAUAAGCAUAGUGUAUAUAUUACAUAGCCUAAGCUAAAACUGGAUUAAAAGGGCAGGAUGGUUUAUGGAAGAAUUAUUUUUAAAGAUGUUCAUGGAAGAGGUGUCUCAAGAAGGAUGCAGUUCUUAAUGCAUGAGAAAUUGGUGCAAUACACUUUCCAUUAAACUCUGUGGCCUUGGAAGCUACCACAGAUACAUGGGCAGUGUAGUGCCACAAAAAUUCUUGCUUGUCACAAUGACAGCAAGCCUUCUGACUCCAGUUAUACAGACAGAAUUAGCCAUCUAAAGCCAUAUAUCUGGCUAGUGUAGAUUAUGGCCUUUAGAUUAGCGAGGCAAUGAAAUCCACUUUUGUGCCAGUAACAGCUGCCAAGAAGUUGAGAUUGUCUGUCAUUACUCUGAGUGGGCACCUUUGUUUUACAGUGCUAGAAAUUACUUAGAAUAAAUUAUGUAUUUCUGUAUCCAGUGUAUCUUUUUUAGCAUUAAGAGCCCAUAGAUUUGACAUAUAA